GAGGAAGCGGCGUCUCCGGCGAUCGUCCGCUUUCCACGUGCUGGAAGCAGCCGUCUCCACUGCAGCCUGGGCGAGGAAGACUCUGGUGCAACAUGUUGGUGCAUAUCUGACGGCUCUUCACCGAGAUGAGCAACUUCUUCCUGGAUGAGGAGAGCUUCAGGGUGUGGUGUCAGCUCUUCCUGCAACACUCCAGCAGCCUUGGAGAUGGCUGGAGCUGGGAACAGACAUCAGGUGAAGGCUAUCUAAAGAAGACCAGUGUGAGGUCUGUCAUGAUGAACUGUGGUCCUGAACCAGACCAGACAGGAAGUGGUCCAUCCUCAGAGCAACAGAGAGCUGAACCAGACCAGACAGGAAGUGGUCCAUCCUCAGAGCAACAGAGACCUGAACCAGACCAGACAGGAAGUGGUCCAUCCUCAGAGCAACAGAGAGCUGAACCAGACCAGACAGGAAGUGGUCCAUCCUCAGAGCAACAGAGACCUGAACCAGACCAGACAGGAAGUGGUCCAUCCUCAGAGCAACAGAGAGCUGAACCAGACCAGACAGGAAGUGGUCCAUCCUCAGAGCAACAGAGAGCUGGUCAGAGUGGCCCAGCUCAGUGUGACGGGGACAGGGACCAGUCCAGUUGUUUUGCCUCAGCUGAUGUAGAUCACAUCAGUGAUGAUGAUGAAGAUGAAGACGAUGGAACCUGUGUGAAGUCCGAAGGCAGCGACAGAGUGCUUCAAUAUGAAUAUCACAUCCUGUACUCCUGUAGCUACCGGGUGCCUGUACUCUACUUCAGAGCCUCCUCACUAGAGGGGAGGAGUGUGUCUUUACAGGAGUUGUGGAGCACUGUUCACCCCAACUACAGACUCCGACUACAGCACAACCCGCUCAAUACAAUCACCCAACAGGAGCAUCCGCUGCUGGGCCAGCCCUUCUUUGUCCUCCACCCCUGCAGGACGGAGGGCUUCAUGAAGCCAGUGCUGCAGGCGGCCCUGCAGGAGUCCAGGCAGGUAAACUACUUGGUGAGUUGGCUGAGUGUGGUGGGUCCAGUGGUGGGCCUGGAGGUUCCUCUGAGCUACUCCACCAUACUGUUUCCUGUCUCACACCACACCUGUCCCAGCACCCAGCCAGACUGAUGAAGAAGACUCAUGUGGUGAGCACACAGCCAGACUGAUGAAGAAGACUCAUGUGGUGACCACACAGCCAGACUGAUGGAGAAGACUCAUGUGGUGACCACACAGCCAGACUGAUGGAGAAGACUCAAGUGGUGAACACACCGCCAGACUGAUGAAGAAGACUCAUGUGGUGAGCACACAGCCAGACUGAUGGAGAAGACUCAUGUGGUGAGCACACAGCCAGACCGAUGAAGAAGACUCAUGUGGUGACCACACAGCCAGACUGAUGAAGAAGACUCAUGUGGUGACCACACAGCCAGACUGAUGAAGAAGACUCAUGUGGUGACCACACAGCCAGACUGAUG